AGCCGUCUGAUGUAUAAAGUUCAACACACUCAUUUUUUUUAAGCCAAUGACAAAAAACGGUCAGCGACAUUUCUUCACUGGUGAAAAGCAGAAGGCACUUAUGAUUACAGAGGACUCCAAACAACUACAUGUACAUAGUAGGCCUACACAUGAACUUGAGUUUUCAGCUGUUUGAUGUACAAAUGUAGGCCUACGGUACGCUUAUUACCUGGUAUAUGUUUGGUUUACGAAUAAAAAAGGAACGGCCGAUCAACAGCACGAUUUGUGCGUGAUUGCUACUUACCACACGUGCUGGCACCAGCAGUGCCUCUGCAUACUGUGUUCCCGAUCAGUAUAGCAUCGCUCUCGCCUGUUCAUCACGAUCAUCAUGCCCACAAUGUUCAAGCCGGGUACCAGUCACGGCCUCCGUACAGCAGGCGUGCAACAGACCUUCAAUGGAAAUCGUGCUCGCAUAGUGUGUGGACACAGCUCAGAUACCUGUACGUGCGUGCACUUUGCAACUCAAUGAAUUACACUUACAAAAAUUGAUGCUUUGACAAAUUGAAAAAGUGGUAAAAUGGAUCAACCUCAUUCCCAGCAUCCUGCAAAACAGCAUAAAAAACACAGCAAGAAUGUUAAAGAAAAGAUAAAAAUAAGAGAAGAACACCAACAAUACUUGAGAAAAGUUGAGAACAAAACAAGUAACGCCCAUGCCGAUCUUAAUCCGGAGAAGUGCAUGCAGAGAACAGGUUCUAUCUGUGAUGUUGCAAGAAGAAAGGACUCAGAUGCCAAGUUGCAGGAGGAACACAUUCCAACCAUAGACCAGGGUCCUACUCAAUUGGCACAUGCAUCAGAUGGAACAGCUGACCGAAACACCCAAUCUGAACAAAAAAAAGGGAAGAAAAAGGAAAUUGAGCAACCACUCUCUACUGUAAUGCAGUCGAACACUGUACAUAGCAGUGAUGAUAUGAUGGAGAAGCAUUACAUAUUCCGACUAAAAGAGAAAAGUUCAAGGUUUCCUCAGGCUACGUUCUAUUGCCGGUUAUGUAAUUACCAUCUGGACACUAUAGCAUUGUGUAUGAAGCACUGGAAAGAACCAAGACACUUGAAACUGGAAGAGCUCAAUGGCAUCAUGCCACCUCCAAGACUAUGACUGCGGCUGGUUUUAAAGUAACAUUGGAAGAGAUCCAAUGAUCAACGUUCAGAUUGUCAGCUGGAUCUUCACCCUUCAACCUCAUUUUCAGUACUCACAACAAGCAGUCAUGAAGAAAAUGCUCCAGUGCCCAAAACGAAGAAAGAAUGUUGGAGGAACAAAAUGAGAAACAAUAACCCAGCUAACUAUGAAAAGCAGAAGGAGUUGGAUAAGCUGUAUUCAGUGAGUUACAGGGCUAGGCUCACUGGUGAUAAAUUGAAGCAUUACAAUGAAUCUGCCAAACACAGAAUGAGAGCUUUUUGAAUAAGAGAAAAAGAAAGGUCAAAACCACAACAGAAGGCACCCAGAAGAGGGAAAGCAGAAACGAAUGUUAAAACUAGAGCUCAGAAUCA